UCGGUUGCGCCAAACGGCCUUUCCCGGCCUUUUCUCGCAUUGCUCGAAGCCGUUGGGUUCUCCGAAAGGGAAGAAAAAUGUCUACAACCACGGUCACCCACACAACUGUCAUCCCUAAAUCAAGCGAGCCGGUCGCCACGCGCGGACAAGACCAUAGCUCCCUGCGCGACGGCACCACCGUGGACGACGACGACGACGACAAUGCCGUCACAAACACCCGCAAACUCGGCCCGCGAUUGAUCGAAACCAUCCGACAUUUCUGGCACCUAGGCUUCACCGCCUUCGGCGGGCCGGGCGUCCACGUCGUCAUCCUGCGACGCCUGUUCGUCGACAAGCUCGCCUGGGUGGACGCGACGACUUUCGCGGACCUCUUCGCGCUCGGCAAUGCGCUGCCCGGUCCGGGCUCGACGCAACUGGCCUUCUCCAUCGCCGUCGUGCGGAACGGGACGCUCGCGGGCCUGCUGGCGUUCCUCCUCUGGUCGCUGCCCGGGGCCGUCGGGAUGGCGGCGCUGGGGGCGGGCGUGCGCGCCUUCCCCGAGCGCCUGCCGCCGACGGUCCUGGCCUUGCUCACGGGGCUCAACGCCAGCGCCGUGGGCCUGAUCGCGCUGGCGGCGUACCAGCUCUCGCAGACGGCGAUCACGGACGGCGUGACCAGGCUGCUCGUGCUGGGGACGGCGUCCUUCGGGAUCUGUUACCAUGCGCCGUGGAUGUACCCGGUGUUGGUGUUCGCGGGCGGGCUCAUCACGCUGGUCUUCGAUUAUCGACGGAAGCUGUUCGAGCUCCUCGUGCCGGGCAGGAUUCGUCGAAGCCUGCGGAAGGAGCAAGCCGAAGCGCCGCAAACGGCUUCGCAGGAUAUCGAGCUUGAGUCGCUGCCGGCACGAGGCUCUGACGGGUCUCAGAGGCUGGGGGGCACUACUGAAACCUCCCCUCAGGAUAGAACACAGCCUGCAUCAUCCACGCUCCGCAACAGAAACACACAGGCCGCAGCUGUUCCGUCGCCGAACGUGACAUCUACCGAGAUUGUCGACGCAAGAGACGCCACCAAGCUCAUGGUCCCAGACAAGAGAUUAGCCUUCGGCCUCGGCUUCACCCUCCUGGUCUUUCUGAUCACGCUGCUUGUCGUGCGCGGCCAACUGCCCUCGCCGCCGCGCGCGAUGGACUUCUUCGCGAACAUGGCGCUGGCGGGCAUCAUCAUCUUCGGCGGCGGACCCGUCGUCAUCCCCCUGCUCCGCGGCUACACCGUCGACAACGGCUGGGUCGAAUCGCGCGACUUCCUGCUCGGCUUCGCCAUCCUGCAGGCCUUCCCCGGCCCGAAUUUCAAUUUCGCCGUCUACCUCGGCAUGCUGUCGCUCCCCCAGAACCCUCUGCUCGGCGCCUUCCUCGGCUGGCUGGGUAUUUUCUCGCCCGGGAUCUUGCUCAAGCUCGCCCUGUUGCCGGUCUACAACAGCUGGCGCAAACUGGGCGUGACCAAGAGCGUCCUGCGGGGCUUGAACGCCGCCGCUGCGGGACUCGUGUACACGGCGGUCUGGCAGCUGUUCCUCGUCGGGUACAUCUACACCCCGGCGACGAGCUCCAGCGUGCAACGCGCGUCGGCGUCGGGGCCCCUCACGGUCGAUCCGUUCUGGGGAGUCGUCGCGGCCUCGGCGUUCGUCGCGACGCAAUGGUUCAAGAGUCCCCCGGCGCUGACGAUCGUCGGUGGUGCGUUGGCGGGUAUGGCGUGGUUUGGGGUCGUGGGUGUUGCUGGGACGGAAAGGGGCUGAUUGCCGGCAGGAAUAGUUCACGCCUCGGAGGCUAAUCGAAGUGACUUGUGAACAUCGAUCUUGUAGGGGAACAUUUCUGAACGGAAAAAAUCGCUCGAUAAUGGUUGAGACUUGAUUAUUUGUAUACACACACGAAUGAUGUUCAUUCCAUGAGCUG